AUGGCCAAUCUUGCAAGUUGAAUCCAAAAUCUCUGUUGAUGAUCCAGAGAUCAAACCUGGCAUCACAGUAAAUGCCAUUGUCAAAAGUCAGUUGAACCCAACUAUCUAUUUCAUCCACUACUUCUCAUCCUGGAUGAGACUGAAGAUUGCAACAGCCUGGCUUUUAAAAGUAAAGACCGCACUCUUCAAACUGCUGUGAGUAGUGUUGAAAAUGAUCCUGUCAAAUUAAAGAAGAAGAUUGAAGAGGAGAUGCAAGUAUUUAAAGCCACACUUCAUGGACAGUGCUUAUCUCCCCAAGAUCUAAUCCAAGCAGAGAAUGCAGUCAUCUCAUUCAGUCAAGGUGAAAGAUUUCAAGGGGAAAUGUCUGUUCUACAGACUGAGAAAAAUGUCAAAAGAAACAGUCAUUUGUACAAAUUGGAUCCAGUCCUGGAGGAUGGACUUCUCAGAGUAGGUGGUCGCCUGAAUAGGCUAGCAAUGCCUGAAGAAAUCAAACAUCCGAUUAUUCUCUCUAAGGACCUCCACAUAUCCACACUACUAUUAUGCCACAUCCAUAAGCAACUCGGACAUGCAGGAAGAAAUUACAUGCUGUCUUGUCUCCGCAAAAAAUAUUGGAUCAUCAAAGCCAAUUCUGCUGCAAGAAAAGUCAUAAAUGACUGUAUUGUGUGCAAACGACAGAGGAGUAAAGUCGGAGAGCAAAAAAUGUCAGACUUACCUUUGGAAAGAAUCCAACCAGACAAACCUCCAUUCACGAAUGUAGGAGUGGACUACUUCGGUCCUGUAGAAAUCAAAAGAGGACGAAGUCUUGUUAAAAGGUAUGGUGUAAUUUUCACCUGCAUGGCAAGCAGGGCAGUACACCUGGAAGUUGCACAUACACUUGACAGACUCCUGUAUCCAUGCAUUAAGGAGAUUCAUCUGUCGAAGAGGUCAAGUUUCAUCUCUGAGAUCGGACAAUGGUACAAACUUUGUAGGAGCGGAAAAAGAAUUAAAGACAGCAUUGAACAGCUUGAAUCAGGAUAAAAUCCAGAACGCUAUGCUACAGCAAGGUAUAAAGUGGAACUUUAAUCCCCCUGCAGCUUCCCAUCACGGUGGUGUAUGGGAACGACUAAUCCGCAUGAUACGGAGUGUAUUGCGCUCUGUUCUUCGUCAACAAGUACUUGAUGAUGAAGGAUUGCAAACUUUAAUGUGUGAGAUUGAAGCAAUCUUAAAUGACCGACCCAUAACCAAAUCCUCUGAUGACCCCAUGGACCUGGAAGCGCUGACCCCAAACCAUCUUCUUUUGCUAAAAACCAAAUCCAAUAUUGCCACCUGGACUCUUUGUAAAGGAGGAUCUGUACAUCAAACGUAGAUGGAAACAAGUACAAUACAUGGCAGAUCUCUUUUGGAAACGAUGGACAAAAGAAUACUUACCUUUAAUCCAAGAAUGUCAGCGAUGGACCAGAGCCAAGAGAAGUUUUGCCCCUGGUGACAUUGUGGUGGUGGUCGAUUCCACUGCCCCACGAGGAUCCUGGUUACUGGGGAGAAUACUGGAAACUAUUCCUGAUGCAAAAGGUCUUGUACGCACAGUUCGACUAAAGACCAAAAACAGCAUACUGGAAAGACCAAUAACCAAGAUAUGUCUCCUCCAAAAGACUGAAAUUGAAGAUUAAUGAAGAUUCAAGAUUAAUGAACUAUAAAUGCCAACAUAUUUUUAUUUUGAAAUUAUGAAAAAAAAAAACAGAAGAAUCGUGUAAAAGUGAAUUUGAAUGGCUCCCUUUCAAGUAAUUGUUACAGUGUAAACAAUUAGGGGCCGGUGUGUAGGAGCCAUUUAAGGCAUCUUUAUUUUUGUGUUGGCAUUACUUUCUUUUGUCACUAGGUGGCGGGCAUUUUGGUUGAGCAGGGCAGGGGGGAAGGCAUAUGUAGGAGCACAGGUGAGCCAAACGAGGCAGGACUCAGGUGUGGGAGCACAAACCGUUCUUACCAGCAGCAGACAGCAGCAGACAACAGCAAACCACAGCAGACAACAGCAACAGGCAGGAGAACAUAUAACACAAUAUCACUGCAAUAAUCCCUGGUAUGUUUCAUUCACCCUGCAAAUUCGUUAAUAAAUAUGCAUAAACUGGAUUUCCGACUGGACCUCCUUCAUUUCAUAUACAAUGUUUGCUACUGCGUAGGAUCACUCCCUCAAACCUGUUGAGUAAUGACAAUAAAUUGGAACAUUUGAAGGUGAAGAUUGCCAUUACAAAACCAACUGCACCAAUUUUGUCAAGAGUGGUCAAAAAUUCAACCAGAAGCUUGCCAGAAGCUUGUGGAUGGCUACCAAAAGUGCCUUAUUGCAAUGAAACUUGCCAAGGGACAUGUAACUAAAUAUCAACAUUGCUGUAUGUAUACUUUUGACCCAGCAGAUUUGGUCACAUUUUCAGUAGACUCAUAAAAAAAUUCAUAAAAGAACCAAACUUCAUGAAUGUUUUUUGUGACAAAACAAGUAUGUGCUCCAAUCACUAUCACAAAAAAAUUGAGUUGUAGCAAUUUUUGGAAACUCAAGACAGCCAUGACGUUAUUGAUGGUAAAAUGCCUUUUUAGGCAAUAUGAUUUGCCUGAGCGGCUAGGAGACACCGAGAGUAACAAGCGGUAGAAAAUGGAUUAGAAAGGACAGAUAUUAAAAAAUAAUAAUUAAACAUUUUUUUGUUUAAUUUGGGACUCCCCCCGGGCCGGAUUUUGGACGCAGGGGGGCCAAAUCCGGCCUUUGGCCGUAGUUUGGGGACUGAUGUUUAAGAACAUUUUCUGUUGAAAUGUUGCGCCUCCAACUCUUCUAAAGCAGUACUUCCAUCAGCAUGCCGAGUGGGCUAAAAAGUUUUCAAUUUAAAAAAAAAACCCGUAACAGUUUAAAAGUCUGCAGAACGCAACACUUCUCUUCAGUGUGGUCGCCCCGCCCACCGGCCCGCCGCUGACGUCAUAGCACCUGUAUGAUGUCGCCCGCGUCGUCCACCUGUAAAAGGCCAGGCGUCGUCUGUAUCGCUGCUCUGAUAUUGAGUUCACAACCGAUCGCGUCAUCAAAAGCCACACUGAAGUCCGAUUCGGAGCUUCACAGCCGUGUAACGUCCGCGCCAUGUUUUUAUGAAUAUUAUUAUAGGUGUUUAAAAAAAAAAAAAAAAAAAACCCUCCGCGUAUGGCCGCCAGUCUCCUGCUGUGUGCGCGCAAUUUGCCAUGUGUGUCUAGGAGGGAGGAAAGGGAGCGAUGAGUUUCAAUCAGCGGGACUUUGUAUCGAGGACUGCAGCCGAGGGCGAUGCUCCUGCUGCCAGCCCAAGUUUCAUGCAUGCAAAGGCCAGGAGGACAAACUCAACCCGUACAGGCGAGCUGAAGCCCCCAAAGUCAAGUUGCCGCCCCUCAGGGAGACUUCAAAGUCCAGGGAGCAGACUUCCAACUGCAUCAAAGACCUGAAGAACCAGAACUUCACACUGCAGCAGCAGCUGAAGGAGUCCAAGAGCGAGAACAAACUGUUGAAGAACGUUCUCCAUCGACACACGGUGGCGCUGCAGCAGUUCCAAGAUUUAGAAGGCAGUAUUUCCCAGAUACAGGAACAGCACAGAAACGAGGUCAAGGCCCUGCGCAAGCUGCUGGGCGAGACGCGCUCCAGCCGCGACAAGCUGGCGAAGAAGCUGCAGACCACCGAGAAGGACUUGUUGGACGCCAAAGACCGGAUUCAGCACCUCCAGUGGAAGGUCAUCCAGAACCCCAACCUGCUGGAGAAGGAGGAACUCACUCGCAGGCUAAAUGAGAUCACCGUCCAGCUGGAGGAGAAGGACAGGAGGAUACAGUUCCUGGAGAAGAGCAACAUGUUGCUUCAAGGCUCGCUCAACCGCCAAGUCGCCAUGGAGCAGAGGAAGAUGUGCAAGACCAGCGACGUGUCCGUUGGCCUGCCGUCACAAGUGAACAGAUUUAUUCAGAAACAAAGAACGGACAGGACCACGGAAUCGGAGACGAGUAACAUCAGUCCAAUCAGGUCACGGAGACGCCCGCACAAAAAAGUAAAGCAAAAUAAGAUGGUCCAGACUGAUGAACGCGUCUCUGCAGCCAGCGAUACCGACAGUCGCCUCAAGUCCGACUUUUCAGAGACUGACGACUACAUGCUACCAAAGUGGCGGAGCCCAUCCAGCACGGAAUAUACGCCAGAUAUGUCUUGGACAAGUGAGCAUCAAAACACCAACGUUAAGGACAUUUCUAAACGUGAAGCAGGAGGACAGGAGCUAUCAGAGGAGUCAGACAAGGACGAGAGCAAGCAAGAGGAGGAGGAGUACGAGGAGGAGGAGGAGCACCACCAGGAGGACAGAUGGGGGAAACAGGAGGACGAGGUAGAAGAGGAGGAAGAGGAAAAUGGCGAGGAGGAAGAAGAAGAGCAGAGGUCAGAAGAACACGGUGGUGGGGAGAAGGAGGAGAGGGAAGGAGAGGAGACGCAGGAGGAGGAAAAUGAGCUGGAGGAAAAGGAUGAGGAAGAGGAGGCAGAGGAGCUGGUGGCGGUGCAGGUGAAAGAGAAAAAGUCAGAGGAAGAGCGGCUUAAGGAGACGUUUAGGGAGACAUUUGGGGAUACGUUUAGGGAGACCUUUGGGGAGAUCUUUGGGGACACCUUUGGGAUGAUUGGAGAAGAUGAUUCUCAGGGUUCUCAGGAGCUUGAGAUGUAUGGUGAAGAGGAGGAGAAGGAAGAAGAAGAAGAGGACGAGGGGGAGGCGGAGGAGGAAAAGCAGGAUGUGGAAAAAGAAGAAGAGGAGGAAGAGGAAACGGAUGAAAGAGAAGAUGAGGAGGUGGAUGACAGAAAGGAGGAAGAAGGAGAAGGUGGGGAGUACCAGGAGGAGGAAGAGUAUGACCAAGACGAGGAGGACGUUAGCAAACAGGAGGAAGAGGAGCACGGUGAGGAAGUCAGGACAGCCACCAGACGACACGCGGUCUCCUGCGUUCUCAGCGGACCAAAGACGGCAAAGCAGCGCUCGCCAAAGCGAUGCUUGCGGCCUCGACAUCGCCGCGGGUACAACUUCACCACGGUCACCACCAACCUGCACCUGGGCAAGCCGGCCUACAGCGGCGUGCACCUGAGGUACAUCCGAGGCACCAACGUGCCGGUGAGGGAGGAGACGCUGUACUGUCGCAACCGGAGGCGAUCCUUGGAGCAGGCGGACGACAACUCGCUCAGCGACGAGCAGACCAGCCAGCCGGACCCCGCCAGCGACGGCUCGGACUUGGAGACCAAACAUAAUGGCUCACAUUCACGGACUUAAAGCUACAAUCAGGGACAACGGGGUUUUCCUACUUUUCUACCAAGCAAGCGUGCUCCUUGUGGACAUUUCUUUGCGGGCAUGUGUAAAGACACUUGAGGGAGGACACACCAUGUACAUACGAUUCACUCAAGACCUCUGCCAAGCACAUGCACACCAAGGAGCUUUUUAAAUGUUUUUUUAAAAAUGUAUCUUUUUUCUAUAUGUGUGCAACUUUCUGGUUGUUUUUUUAACCAGGACUACACAAA